AGACAUGGAGAAGUUUCCGUCUGGGGGCUCGGAGACGUCACCUCGGUGAUUCUCCGACCCCUCCAUCCCGCCUCCGAUAACUUUUUCCCCAGACAACGUUUAAAAGUCCAGAACACCCACAGUCGAGACCAUCACAAACUCUUUACUUUUUCUCUCUAUACCCCAAACAACUCAAUUGCAAUCAUGUCUCUCGGAAGGAAGGUUACUCUCAACACUGGCGCUGCCAUUCCCCAACUUGGUUUCGGCACAUGGCAGGCCGAGCCUGGUCAGGUCGGCGCCGCUGUCCUUGAGGCUCUCAAGGCUGGUUACCGUCACUUGGAUCUCGCCAAGGUCUAUGGCAACCAGAAGGAGAUCGCUGAGGCUCUCAAGAAGGCCUUCGGCGGCGAGGUCCCCAACCUCAAGCGUGAGGACGUCUUCAUCACAUCCAAGCUCUGGAACUCCCAGCACCGACCCAAGGACGUCCCCGGCGCUCUUGACGACUGCCUGGCUGAGCUUGGCCUCGAGUACCUAGACCUUUACCUCGUCCACUUCCCCGUCGCUUUCGAUGAGCGCGGCGAUGUACACAACAACCUCUUCCCUCUGGAGGGCGAGGACGUUAAGAUGCUCGACGACAUCUCCAUUGUCGACACAUGGAAGGCCAUGACACAGCUGCCCAAGGAGAAGGCGCGUGCUGUUGGUGUCUCCAACCACACAAAGGAGCACCUCCAGGCCCUCAUUGACGGCACUGGUGUCACUCCCGCUGCCAACCAGAUUGAGCGUCACCCGCGUCUCCUCCAGCCAGAGCUCAUCCAGUACUGCAAGGAGAAGAACAUUCACAUCACCGAGUACUCCGCUUUCGGUAACAACAUGAUCGGCGAGCCCCUUCUCGUCCAGCACAAGGUCAUCAAGGAGAUUGCCAGCCGCAUUGGCGCCACCCCCGCACAAGUUAUCCUCGCCUGGGCCCAGAAGGGUGGCCACUCCGUCAUCCCCAAGUCCGUCACCGCAUCCCGCAUCCAAGAGAACUUCAAGGAGGUUGAGCUGUCAGAAGACGACUUCCAGAAGGUUGAGCAGAUCGGCAAGGAUGAGCCUCGCCGCUUCAACAUCCCAUACAUCGCCAACAAGCCCCGCUGGCCGGUCAACAUCUUCGGCGAGCCCGAGGAGAAGGAUGCGCCCCACAAGGUUAUUGUUAAGGUCUAGAUAGAUGAUUUGGCCAAAGAAGCCUAAAACGA